AUGAGUGCAGAAACAAUGGCUAAGCGUAAGCUUAUUGCAACAAUAGCAGACGAAGACACAGUGACUGGCCUACUUUUAGCGGGUAUAGGUCAAAUUUCAAACGAACCUGGACAAAAGGGCACUAAUUUUCUCACCGUGGUACCUGGAAAGACAACAAUUGAUGAAAUUGAUGAGGCGUUUGACACUUUUACUCGCGAAAGAAAUGAUAUUGCAAUAUUAUUGAUUAAUCAACAUAUCGCCGAUAUGAUUAGAUAUAAGGUUGACGGUUAUUCGAAUGCAUUUCCAGCAAUUUUGGAAAUUCCAUCAAAGGACCAUCCCUACGAUCCAGAGAAAGAUUCAAUUUUGAAGAAAGUAAGGAGGUUGUUUGGGGAGUAG